GCGCGAACAAGUACCGCUUCGGAAGGUCGCACCAGCCGCACCGUGUGGUAUACCCUUCGAGGCAGCCAGCAGCGGCGCACGCACACGCUGCGCACCGGUACCUUGCGUGCCUUCCGCGAGGGGAUCUUACACCCUACCCCCACUCUUUACUCAACUCAACUUAACUCUACUCAACUACAAGGACCAACGGGCAGACCCUAACAAGGAGAAGGAGAUACACUCAAGUUGUGUGAUAGUUACCUAAAGAUACCGGAUUGUGGUUUUGUUGUGUGUUUGAUGGUGUGUCAGCUGACCACAGACAAUAUAAUGUGUACGCGUGCGGAUUAACGACUUGGUAAUUUUACUAUUUUAUUAGUGGUUGUUGUUUGAACGCCGGGGACAUAACGAAUUUUAUUUUUAUUUUUAUUAUUUUUGGUUGUUUUGGUGCGUUUUUUAUGUGUGAAACAGUGUUUUCUCUUUUGUGCGGCGCGCUGCGGAACUCUCGAAGCGCCGCGCAAAUAUUGACGCAUCCUAACGUCCGAAGUUUGCACACUUAUUAACUCUUCGUCAAGUGGACGGCAAAUAUUUGACGUUUACAAUUUACAAUCGGUUUGUUCCAGUGUGUGCUUAUACGAUUUGUGUGGGUUACUGUUCCAUUGACGCAUCGAUAUCCACGGCGUUUGCAGGAAGUGAUUUUAAUGCAGACUGCAGAAGGAAUAAAAUGAGCAAACUUUUGUUUGACGGAUUAUUUUAACAAGUGCGAUAAUUUUUUUAUUUUGGUGGACUAAUUGUGCGAUAUCCAAAGGAUUUUUGAGUUUUUUCAUGGAAUUUUCAUCAUAUUUAACUAAACGCAUGACGGAUUUCUUCAUUCAUCGAGUCUAUCAAACCAACAACAACGAAACUUCUAUGAUGCAAUGGGCUGACUGACGCCGUCCGACAGUUUCCACAGACUCCAACGUAGACGUCACACAACGCAACGCAACACAAAUUUGCCGAGGCAGUGAGAAGAGCACCUUAUGCGAGAUUUGCGAGCGGCACGUCGUCGUCGGCCAUAUUGACUUUGGAUACAUGAAGAUGAAUAUUGCUUGCCUGACGUUCCACUGAUACAAACUCAAUUUUGGUUAUAAUGGAUAUAACCGAAGCGUUCCGCACGGAAGAUCUCUCCAAGGCUGACUUCUUUGACUUUGUGGUAACGCCCGACAAUAGUGACCAGCAGUUUCAGAAGCAGAUGCGUACCGUCAACGCCUUCUUAGGCAACGGAGUUGCCGACGAGAAGGAGGCUAAUAACAACAUGCCGCCGACAGAUUUGACCAGCAUACCCACCUCACAAACCGAUGGCAAUUUCGAUCUGAACUUUUGGGGUGACAAGGAAACGGUACGGUUGGAGACGGCCAUCUUGGAAGACCUCAACAAGUACUGCUGGAGCACCGAAGAUGAUGUGGUUAGCAAUGGCCUAGCGCAGAAUAAUCUCAAACACCUAAACAACAACAAUAAUAAUAAUAACAAUACAACCACUGAUGGUGGUCACAUUUACACCCUGACAGUCCUAAAUGGUAUUGAUCAGGGUGCAACGUGGUACCGUCCUCCAUUAACCACAAUAAUCAAGGAUGAAGAUGCUUCUGUAUCGAGUCCUACAUCAAUGGAACAUCUUCAACCUGGAAUUGAUAUUGAUUCUAUUCUAAACAUAAUGCCGGCGCAGAUGAAUGCCUUCAAUAAUAACUACCAGGACCAAACGGGAAUCAAUCAAACUACAGAUGGAAUGAUCAAGUCAGAGACCUACACUUAUGAAGACAGCGGGUUUGCUGACAACAAAGAUGAGUUGGCGAAUUCGCUGAUUAUCGACACGCCUCUUCUGGAAACACAUGAUGGAUACAACAAUAACAACAACGCUACGAAUAAUAACAACAACGACUGGAAGCUGACGAAUAACAACGGGGUUGUGAGCAAUGGCAGCGCGGACUCGCUCCUUCGCAGCGCGUUGCAAGGCAAAGCGUUUGUCCGUUACAACGGUGUCGGGAAGAAGGAAAACAACGCUGAACUACGACGAGUAUUAUCUACGCCUCCCACUAAAAACGAGACGAUAUUUUUGAAGCAGGAUGAUAAUGAUAAAAUCCCAACAAUUGUUGCUGGUAUUGAUGCUAAUGGAACCGUAAUUUUUGAAGAACAGAUUCCACCGACUUCUGUUGCACAGGGCACGCAAGGCACGCGGCAGAACGAAGCUGAAAACCCUACCAGCACACAUCAGCAUCACAUGGAUGACCUCCUCCUUUCACAUUUAGAUCAGAGCUAUCCGGAAGACUUUGAGAAGUUGAAAUGCAUCGCCAAUGAAGUAGCAGAAAGUGUUAAUCAGUUCUGUCACAUUGAGACCUCUGUUGAUGGAGUGUAUUCCAUCCAGCCGGAUCAAAUCGGCUUGCUCAACUCGCUCAAUUCGCCGAUUUCCAUCGCGGCACCGCUGGUGACGAGCACCAAACCGACACCGGCUUCUUCCACCACAGCGCCUGCCACCCCCAAGAAGUACAAACGAUCGAAUAGUAAUAGCGCCAAUAGCGGUGCGAGUGGUGCCAACGCGAAACAAACCACUGUCCAGAAUGCCACCUCGACUUCCAAUGGUGUGCGCAAGGAGAGGAGUCUGCACUACUGCAGUAUCUGCACCAAAGGCUUCAAGGACAAGUACUCGGUGAACGUGCACAUUCGGACGCACACCGGGGAGAAGCCGUUUGCGUGCAGUCUGUGCGGGAAGAGUUUCCGGCAGAAGGCGCACUUGGCCAAGCACUAUCAGACGCAUAUCGCGCAGAAAAACGCCGCGGCGGCCGGCAAUGUCAACGCUAGCAAAACCAAAACGAGGUAGCUUGAGGCACACAAACACGCAGAGAAAUCUACAAGCUCUAAAACUUAACAGAAACCUACAAAGCUAUAUAAAAACCUAUGAAAUGCAAUAAUCGUGCAACGACCAGAGAUGAACACGUUUUGAAGUUCAAUGCAAUAUGCAAUUAUUAAUAUAUGUAUCAAAAAGGUUCACCAUUUUAAUGAUGCCGAUCAUGUGCGCACGUGCAUGCAGCCUGCGAGCAAAUAUCGUUUAGGAUCUAUUAAUAUCCUAUUUGAAAGGUCACUUGCAGAUAUUACUAUUAUUAUGGUUAUUUAUCGCGACCACUUACAUAAUCAACUUCUUUGUGCAAUUUUUCAAAUCUGGUUCGACUGCAGCGCGCGUAAUUAAAUUAUAUUUAUUCAGUUUUUUAAUUCUUUCCGCUCGUGAGUUGGUAUUAAUCAAUCACGCACUAAGCAUACCUUGGGAUACAAUAUUAACCAAGCCGAAAAUCAAUAAUUAAUCUGUCAUUUCUGUCAGGAGUCAAGCGUGUAUUAAUUCUGCAGGCGAGUGAAUUAAUUUUUGAAAAAUUAGCAAGAAAUGAUUUUUUGUUGGGUGUGUCGAGGUCGUAAACAUUCGAUGCAAUUGUGUAAUGGAAAACAGUGAUCGGCAUCAUUAACAAUGUUUUUGGUGAACAUUGAAAACACACAAAACACACAGAGAAACUAAUUCCAACAACAUCACUUUUAUAAUCAUUUUGUUCCUAUACUUACUUAAUAAUGAUAAUGCAAACGUUUUGUAACAUUUUUUGUAAUUAUUGUGCUGUGAUUCGUAUUGUGACAAAUUCAAAUUUGAAAAUGAAAUCAAUCGUAUGAGAUAAGAAUUGUUUAAAGAAUUUAAAGAAAUUUGUACUUAACUAUGCAACAAUGGUUGAACGAAAGUUUACACGUAACUUAAGCUAGAGAUUAUUGAUGAAAAGAUGGAGGAAGGAAAUAGAAUAAGCGGAUCGCGGAUGUGUUAAUUAAAGUUUAAGCAAAUUGAACAAAAGUUACAAAAUAAUUCUUGCCAUUUCUGUAUUAUUUUGUACGUUUGUGGUUUCCGCAAUGGCGUAGCACACGCUCCACAUCGUAGGCAUAUUUGUUUUAUUUAUUAAAUUUUUUUUAUUUGUUAAUUAAGAGAUUUAUAUGGAAUUUAUUGUUAUUUAUGUGUCGUCUGUGUAAUCGGUCGAUUGUAAGCACUAGCAUGGUAAAUACUCGGCUUAUUUUCUUUUUAUUUUUGUGUUUAAAUUAAUUUAACUAGAUCGCUUUUAGUUGUCAGUUGUGUUUUGUUCGUAGUGUGGGGGAAGCAACUACAGUUUACCAUAACGUAAGGCAUUAACGUGACCUUUAUUUGUUUUUAUUUGUAUUUUUUGUUUACCUAUCGAAUACUCACCGACAAAUUCUCGUAACUCGAAGCCAAUUCGAAACCUAUUGUCAUAAUUCUCUCAUUAGUCGUACGUAGCGAAUUAAUUACACCGCCUAGUUUAAUUUAUUGUAUUGUAUUGAUUUUUGUGCUAGCUUCAUCGAUGAGCUCUCUUGAUUGUUUUCGAAACGAGUACAAACUAAGAAACAAAACAACGAAGCAGUAAUUACCAUCGAAUUAACCGAACAGAAACCGAAACGAUGCGAAAUGGACAUGACGUGUGUAAUAUAGAAGCGCCGGAUGGGGACGGAUGUGUUGUUGAAUGUUAUUUUAAAUGUUUAUUUAAUGUUGAAGGAUAUUAAUGGUAUGGCUGCGUUGUGCGUUGUACUCUUGUUUGUGAAACAACCCAGCCACCCCCCCAGCUAUGUUACUUGCCAUUUUGGUAGAGGGUUUUUAUUAACCAUUUGUCCAUGUAUGUAAUAUAUUGGAUCUCAUUCUAUAUGCGUUAUUCAGAGCAAGAACACGAAUUCCAUUCAUGCUAUUAAAUAGAAAACGUAACUAAAUGUAUACAAUAUAUACGUAAACUGCCAACCUUUACGUGUUCGUUUUUUCUGGAUGACAAAUAAUCGCACGGAUGUACAUUAUGAAGCUACAAUUAUUAUGAUUGCUCUCUGUCUGUCUCUCUGUUUUUCUCUCCACGUCAAUUUGUAAGAAUCUUAUCGAAGUUAAACGGCAAAUAUGUAAACCGCAAACUAUUUAUAUACGCGUUUUGUUUUAUAUUAUUAUAUUUCGUGUUACGUCCUCUCCGACUCCACUAAUUAUUGUGUAAAUUAUUUUUUGUUAUUAUUAUGUAAUGCGAGCAUGCAACGAGAAAGCCAUAGGUAUAUUUACAAUGUUUCACGUUUUUUAUUUGUAUAGCGUUUAGUCACCAAGAGAUUCAUAUUAUAUUUGUCAGAGAAGUUUAAUGAUUGUUAUUACAUCGUGUUGUUUGUCGCAUGCGAAGGAGAUGCGUGUAGUUGAAUGUGACAGAAAUUUAUCGGGAGCAGCCGUUUGUCGAACAACUAGUUGAUGCAAAUGACAACAAAAUAUUUUUAUACCUAUAGUUUACAAUUUAUAUUAUGUAAUUUUCAAAUUUAUUACAAAUAUAAUGUUUAAACCAUA